AUGACUAUAUUUCAAGUUUUAUUAUUUCAUAAUGGACCAAUAGUGAAGUUCACGCUCUCUAUUUCUGAAUUUGAAAGCUGUUCUGAGAUUUACCAGUUGAUACUUUUCCUAUUAAAGAAUGGUAUCAAGGAACUUACUCUUGAUAUAUGUAAGGGCGACAGUUAUAGGUUGCCUCCGUCACUCUUUUCAUGUCAACGACUGAGACAAUUGUAUCUCAGUAAUUGUAUAUUUGAGCCUCCUCCUAAAUUCAAUGGAUUUAGUAGGAUCGUAAGUCUAGAGUUUUGCUCAGUCAACUUUGCUGAUGGUGUACUUGGAAGUUUGGUUUCUAGUUGCCCACUACUUGAACGGCUGACACUGGAAGGCUCCAUCCAAUUUGAUUGCCUUGAAAUUGAUGCUCCUAAUCUCAACUUCUUAAGCAUAAGUGCCAUAUUCGGAUCUAUUCAUUUCAAAAAUGCCCCUCUUCUUGUAGUAGUUUCAGUUAAUUCAGAUGAUUCUGACGAAUUGGAACAUCUCAAUGAAGAAGAGGCACCCGAAAUGAUCCAGUUGUUGACUGUGGCCGGUGUUCCUGAGAAGCUCCCGUUUACCUUGGACCACCUCAAAUAUCUUGAAGUAAAUGAAUUCAGUUUUGGAGAAAUUAAUGAGGUCUCCUUUGCUUUAUGCUUGAUUAAAAGCUCCCCCAACUUGAAAAAAAUUCAGAUGCGAGUCAUUUCUGGCACAAGGCCUAAAUUGGAGUUCAUUAAACUUAUAUUAGCAACAUCCCCAUUGCUAGAGACGAUGCUUAUAGAUCCCAACUCAGCAAAUGUUUUUGACAAUGGAGUGGCGAUACUGAAAGAGUCUCACCUAAAGCAGAAAUUAUCUACAAUGAUGCAGCUGAAACACCUGUGUAAUGUCACUGAAGGGAGUGACUGA